AUGUUUGGCGGAACACUUUGGGGUGGAAAUAUAGGAGGAGUGGAUGAUCAUUCAGACAAGGAACGAGAACCACCACGUCGACCCAUCAGCCUUGAAUUUCCAGACUAUGUUCCGCCUUCUUCACAUGAUAGGCUCGAUGCUGCUUCUAGCAGCAGGGCUCGAGACAGAAUAUGUCACACUCGGACAUUUACUUCAAUAUCAGAUGAAGACCUAAGCGUCUUUAACAUCAAGUUCAACUGCAAUGUUGAGCUAAUAAGACUACUGCCGAACCAAGAACAACCUUUUCCCUUUGACAAGGACCUGGAAUCCAUGCUGGCUGAGAUCUCUGUCAACAACAACGAUGCAUUUCGAGAGACCCUCAGGAUGGAGCCUCUGCCUGGACAUGCUAAGCCUCGGUUGACAUACGCUCGCAACUUCUUUGGUAGUCUAGAGGAUUUGGCACGGUAUUGGGAUAAUAGCAUGGAUCAAUAUUACCACGUCCCAGCUGGAAGAGCAGCUCGCCAACAGCUUCGCGAUCAGAUCAAGCAAAAGUUACCACAAGGUGACCGUGCAGCACCCACGGCUGGGAAGACUCCAACGACGGGAAAAAAUACCACGACGGAAAACGUUGAUGCUAUGGACACCUCAUGGGACGCUCAGUCAGCUGAUGACAAAGAUAUGGCAUCUCAAGUCGAGACGAAAGAAGUGUACAAAGGCUAUCGCUUCGGCAAUGGUGAACAGGCCAAUCCUGGGACGCGUGUUGCUCUGGUCAAGAAUCUUCUCAAAAUGGUUAUGCACAAAUUUACAUGCCGAGAUCAUGAACCUAUGCCUGCACCAAGAGAGAAGCUUGUAGUACGUGGUGUACGGGUCCAAAGCAUUCAGUAUCAGUUCUGUGUGGCAAGAAUACCAAAAGACAUGAAGAUGGCACGAGCUCGGAUGGUGGAAGGACCACUUAUGGCUGUUCACUGUCGGGAGGAACUUAGGUUCAAACAAACCCCAGCAAUACCUUCUGCCGACUCCGUACUUACUGGGUCCGCUACACUCGAAGGCACAGGUGCCAAGCCUGUUGUAGGGAGUGGUGCAGGACCAAAAUCUGAUACACAACACUCACCAUUCGUGGGUGAAAGGUUCGAUCUCCUUCGUGAGGUCGGGUGCAUGCUCAUUCUGGCGACUCAGCGUAAUCGAGAAGGAAAAAACAAGAAGACCUUCUCAGGCGCCGACAAGUGGUGGGCAACUCAACAACGAUGGGGCGGUGGACCUCUUAAAUGGGGGCAGUUCGCUAGCGAAGUAUAUGAGGAUGAAGACCCAAGCUGGAGUCCUGCAGAGAAGAUCUUGCAGGAGCAGAAGCGAGCUAAAGAGCUUGAGCAGAAAGCAAAAGGUAAAGAGGCGAAAGACCUCAUGACAGGGUCAGAUGUCGAUGCACUAAUAGCCAACAACGCACCAACGUUGCCACCUGUGCCAGGUGAUCCUAUGACUGGUCCGAGAAAGAAGAAAUUACGGAGUCUUGACCGACCUCCUGGCAAGGAUGAAGAAAUCAGAGACGGAAAGAGGUUGAUGUACGUCCCUGCAUUUCGGAAGAAGUGGCAUCAGGACUGGCAGAUACUAAGACCCAACACGCCCAUGUGGGACGACAAGAUAAUCUAUAAGCAUAUCGGCAAGCCAGAGGAGUCGGAAUUCGACGAAAUCUACAUGAUUAGCAGUGUCAAUCAUCAUGUUGCGUUGCUGAGAAUGAAGGUGCACCCAGAAUAUCUUGCAUGGCUUGAAGCUGGCGAGGAAGUACCAGAUGAGAAUGUUGCAGGGUUGAAAAAGAAUGUCCUGCACGUCGAGAGAAGUACGUGGUUCGAUAUGUUCGACGUACAGGCACGCAGGGAAUUUCUGACGGCGUUAUGGAGGGUCAUGUCUUGGCUGAACCGUGACUAUGUAGAAAAGGCUGAAGUUGAAAAGGUGUAA